AUGGCUACAGAGCUGUUCUUUAACAGCCAUGUUUCUGUUAACAUUAGGUAUGGUUCUUCAGAUAUAGCAUCUGCUAAAUCGCAGUCUGCAUCUUCUACAAUUCCUGGUCAAAUCUUUGGAUCUUCCAUAGAAACACCUUUAGCAAGCUCUGGAGUUGCCAACAAGCCUAGACUCCUUAUCAUUGGACUUCGGAGGAGUGGAAAAUCCAGUAUUCUCAAUGUUGUCUUUCACAAAAUGCCACCAAACGAAACCAUUUUUCUAGAAUCAACCACUGUAGUCUCCAGAUACGACAUUCUCCCUUUUCUGGAUUUACAGUUGUGGGAUUUUCCUGGCCAUGUGGAUGUAUGCGAUCCUUCGUUUGACCCUGUGCUUUUAUUCCAGCAAUGCGGAGCAGUCAUGUUUGUUGUUGAUGCUCAGGAUGAUUAUUUAGAAGCACUUGAGAGACUACAUAGUACAAUAUUCAAGGCAUUCAGAAUCAAUCCCGAUAUAUCAUUUGAAAUUUUUGUUCAUAAAGUAGAUGGAUUAUCUGAUGAUCACAAAAUAGAAACAAAGCGAGAUAUUUACCAGCGGCUCUACGACGAUCUUGGAGAUGUUGGUGUUAACGCUGCAAAUCUCAGUUUUCAUCUCACAUCUAUCUAUGACCAUUCGGUGUUUGAAGCAUUUUCAAAAGUCAUUCAAAAGCUUAUUCCACAGCUGGCGACACUAGAGAAUUUGCUAAACAUGCUUUGCUCUAAUACGGGAAUUGAAAAAGCAUUUUUGUUUGACAUGGCAUCUAAAAUAUAUAUUGCGACAGAUAGUUCACCUGUUGAUAUGCAAUCAUAUGAACUAUGCAGCGACAUGAUUGAUGUUGUACUUGACAUUUCAAGUAUAUAUUCUGGAGCAACUGUGCAAGUAAAUCCACUUGGUGACGAUAACUAUCAAGUUGAAUCGUAUGCAAGUAUUCGGCUUAACAAUGGCAUGGCACUUUAUCUACGUCGUGUAAACCAACACUUGGUGUUAGUGACGUUAUUACGAGAGGAAAAUUUUGACAGACAAGGACUUAUUGAUUACAACUUUCGAUGUAUUUCAGCUGCUAUUGAUAAAGUGUUGUCUAAAUAA